CCCUCGACACUGAAUAAAAGAACCACACGCUUGUAUCUGAGCACGACGCAGACUCUUCCACUGCGCCUGCCCGCGGUCCACCAGGGACUGUGCAGGGAUCUCCCUGUUUAUUCAGAGGCCAGGAGAGAUCAUCCCGUCUUUCUCGUCGGUGCCUAACAGACGGCAGAGCUGCAGUUCAGAGGGUAGCUUAGCUGUGCUGUUUUUUACGUCGCUGGGACGCCAGCAAUGAGGGUGAAUGCAAAAAUAAAAUAGGCAGAAUUUCAAACACCCUACAAGCACUAGGGUGAAAAGGAAAGGAUAUAGCAUUCAAGCGACCGAGUCAACGCGCGUCCCUUCUAUUCAGUUUGGCUUUCUACUGAGAAGGAGCGACAGAUUCCCCUGCAAACAUGGGUAACCAGGGGAUGGAGGACCUGAUUCCUCUUGUCAACAAAAUGCAAGAUGCAUUCUCGGCCAUCGGACAAAAUGCCAAUCUGGACCUACCCCAGAUUGCUGUGGUGGGCGGUCAGAGUGCAGGGAAAAGCUCGGUGCUGGAGAACUUCGUGGGCAAGGACUUCCUCCCCCGUGGAUCUGGCAUCGUCACCCGCCGGCCCCUGGUCCUGCAGCUCAUCAACUGCCCCGCAGAGUAUGCAGAGUUUCUUCACUGCAAAGGGAAGAAGUUCACAGACUUUGUUGAGGUGCGACAAGAGAUCGAGGCGGAGACAGACCGUGUCACUGGGCAAAAUAAGGGCAUUUCUCCCGUGCCCAUCAACCUACGAGUCUACUCCCCCAAUGUAUUGAACCUGACUCUGGUGGACCUGCCGGGGAUGACCAAGGUGCCGGUGGGGGACCAGCCGUCGGACAUUGAGCAGCAGAUCAAGGAAAUGCUGAUGCAGUUCGUCACCAAGGAUAACUGCCUGAUCCUCGCCGUCUCUCCAGCCAAUGCGGAUCUGGCCAACUCGGACGCCCUCAAGAUCGCCAAAGAGGUCGACCCACAGGGUCAGAGGACCAUUGGAGUGAUCACUAAGUUGGACCUGAUGGAUGAAGGAACUGACGCUCGAGAGAUCCUGGAGAACAAGUUGCUACCGUUGCGAAGAGGUUACAUUGGCGUGGUGAACCGCAGUCAGGCCGACAUCGAUGGCAAGAAGGACAUCCAUGCUGCCAUGGCAGCCGAGAAGAAGUUCUUCAUGUCGCACCCCGGAUACAGGCACUUGGCCGACCGCAUGGGGACCCCGUACCUGCAGAAAGCCCUCAACCAGCAACUGACCAAUCACAUCCGCGACACCCUGCCUGCUCUACGGUCCAAGCUGCAGAGUCAACUGCUGUCCAUUGAGAAGGAGGUGGAGGAGUACAAGCACUACAGGCCAGAUGACCCCUCACGCAAGACCAAAGCCCUGCUCCAGAUGGUGCAGCAGUUCUCAGUGGACUUUGAGAAGCGUAUCGAGGGCUCAGGGGAUCAGAUCGACACCGCCGAGCAGGGAGGUGCCAGGAUCAACCGCAUCUUCCACGAGCGCUUCCCCUUCGAGCUUGUAAAGAUGGAGUUUGAUGAGAAGGAGCUUCGUAAGGAAAUCAGCUAUGCCAUCAAGAACAUCCAUGGCAUCAGGACCGGUCUCUUUACCCCAGAUCUGGCCUUUGAGGCCAUAGUGAAAAAGCAGAUCCAAAAGCUUCAGGUGCCCGUGCUUAAGUGCAUAGAUAUGGUGGUGAGCGAGCUAACGUCCACCAUACGAAAGUGUAGCGAGAAGCUUGCUCAGUACCCCAUGUUAAGGGAGGAGAUGGAGAGGAUUGUCACCCAGCACAUCAGAGAUCGCGAGAGCCGCACCAAAGAACAGGUGCUGCUGCUGAUUGACGUUGAGCUUUCCUACAUGAACACCAACCAUGAGGACUUCAUUGGGUUCGCCAAUGCACAGCAGAGAAGCGCUCAAAAGGUCGGAGGAGGGAAGAAAGCUACUGGAAAUCAGCAAGAUGAGAUAAUGGUGAUCAGGAAGGGUUGGCUCACCAUUAACAACAUCGGCAUCAUGAAGGGCGGAGCCAAAGAGUACUGGUUCGUAAUGACAGCCGAGUCCCUGUCCUGGUACAAGGAUGAUGAGGAGAAAGAAAAGAAGUACAUGCUCCAGGUGGACAACCUGAAGCUGCGUGAUGUGGAUGCUGGAUUCAUGUCCAGAAAGCACAUCUUUGCCCUCUUCAACACUGAGCAGAGGAAUGUGUAUAAGGACUACCGGCAGCUGGAGCUGGCCUGUGAGACACAGGAGGACCUGGAUGGCUGGAAGGCAUCAUUCCUGCGCGCCGGCGUCUACCCAGAGCGUGCCGCUGACAAAGAAGGAAAGAGUGACACCUCGGAUGAGAAUGGCUCAGACAGCUUCAUGAACUCCAUGGACCCCCAGCUGGAGCGCCAGGUGGAGACCAUCCGCAGCCUGGUGGACUCCUACAUGGGCAUCGUCAACAAGACCGUCCGGGACCUCAUCCCCAAGACCAUCAUGCACCUGAUGGUCAACAACACUAAGGAGUACAUUAAUCUUGAGCUGCUAGGCGCCCAGCUAUUGUACUUCGAUCUUGGGGACCAGAACUCCCCUGAUGGAGGUCCAGAACAGGCCAACACCCUUGACGAGAUGCUGCGCAUGUACUACGCCCUGCGCGAGGCGCUCAACAUCAUCGGCGACAUCAGCACCACCACCAUCACCACCGCCAUGCCCCCGCCCGUCGACGACUCCUGGCUGCAGGUGCAGAGCCGCCCCUGCUCCUCCAGGUCCCCUGCCACCAGCCCCACUCCUCAGAGACGAGGGCCCCCUCCAGGUCCCCCAGCACGUCCAGUGCGGGGCUCUGCGCCGGGACCCCCCCCUGGAGGCCCCCCCGUCCCCUCGCGCCCGGGGGCCUCACCUGACCCGGGACCCCCACAGGUGCCCUCGCGCCCCAACCGUGCACCCCCCGGCGUGCCCAGCCGCAGGCCGCCGCCCUCUCCCUCCAGACCCCACAGAGCCUCAGACUCCUCCUUCUUAGACUAUUAGCCCCUCCCACCGCCAUGGCCGACAGCAGGAGCACAGCUGCCUGCCCAAUCAAAACAGCUUACCUCUCCCAGCCACUCCCACAAGACCCACCCCUCAGUGUCUUCACACUCUUUUGCCUCGGAAAAACACGUGCACACAUACACACACACACACACACACACACACACACACACACACACACACACACACACGCACACACACACAUGGAGUGUGCAUGGAAAGAAGAAAAGGUUUGGGUAUCCUGUGCUUUCAGUAGUUAGAGGUUUUACUUUUUUUUUUUUAUUUGUUUUGUUUAUAUCUCUUUUUUUGCUCUCUUCUUCCCAUGAGCUGAAUGAAAGAAUGCUUUCUUCUUCCAAAUCAUCUUCCUUUCUUCUUCUUCUGUUUCUCGUUUCUGGUGUUUGGAAGUAGUGGGUUUGGCCCACGUGCUAAUGCUCGCGUUCUUGCCUGGGUCCGAUGCGUUAUCUCUGUCGCACAGCGACUUUCUGGCCGGUUGCCCUGCCCGGGGCGGACUUGGGCCGCAUGUGGGCCGCAUCCGCCCCAGCCGGCGCCAGCCUGAGGGUUUUGGGAUAACUGCAUCUCCUGAAGUGUGCUGUUUUUUUUUUGUGUUUGUUUGUUUGUUUAUAUCAAUGUGCCAUUUUUAAGUGUUCUCACGUCCUUGUCCGUUUUCUGCCUCUGCUGAGCUCUCACAGAUUUCUGAGGUGUCAGGACAGCCGCCACCGUGUUUUGUAAUUGGCUUUCACUAUCUGGCAAUCGAUACAUCACCGUCAAGGGUGCAGAAGAAAAUCUACUUACUAGCAGUAUGUAAUAGCACAAAUGGUUUCCUGUGACAAGCUGCUGAGCAGGAAACAGCUGUGGCAGUUCCUUCUGAUCCUGACAUCUCAGAGAUCCGAAUGUUCUACUCUUUCACACUCUCAUCUGUCCAUUCUGCACUCCUUUUUUCCUUUAUCCCUCCUUUCUUUGUCUUUUUUUCCCCCCAAUUUUUAUGUUCUAAUUUUAUUUAUUGUUUAUAUUGGUCAGCCGCCCCAGCAAGGGAAGCCCCUCUCGCCCCGAGAGCCCCCUGCCUCCGUUCGACUCUUGAUUUUCUUUCCCUUAUUCCUUCUUUUUCUUUUUUCCUCCUUCUAUUCCUCUCUUCCCUCUCUUCUGUGCUCUUCACAGCGGAAAAUGAGAGACUUGCAUCAAACUCC